UUCUCCUUUCAUGAAGGAUGCAGCGUCUCUAAUGUAGGAAGUAACUAAGGAAGCACUGAAGCUAAUUUCUUGUGGCGGCAGCGAAGUGAAAUUAGCAGUUGGACCCCAGUCUGUUACUUUGUGGAUGCUUUUAAUUUGAAAGUCCCCUUUCCUUAGCGGAUUUGGCGUCAGUCCGUUUCCCUUGGAGCUCUUUCAGUGUAACACCCGAUCAUGAAUCGGAGACUCGUUCCGACGCGCGAGGACUGCGUGUACACGAGCUGCUACUGUGAAGAAAAUGUCUGGAAACUCUGUGACUAUGUCAGAAAACAGAGAACCGCACCGCUGGAACAUCUGUUUGUGAUCUUCAUCUCCAAUGAGACGAGAACGGUUCCUCUGUGGAAGCAGAAGUCUGGACACGGAGACCUGCCGGUUAUCUGGGACUACCAUGUGAUCCUGCUGCAGGCAGAUCAAUCGGACUCUCUAGUGUAUGAUCUGGAUUCAACGCUCUCGUUUCCCUGCAGCCUGAAGCUUUACGCUGCCCAAGCCUUACGCUCAGAGAGUGACAUCAGACCAGAAUACCACAGGAAGUUUCGUGUGGUUCCUGCUGACAGCUUCCUGUUGAACUUCGCAUCUGAUCGAUCUCACAUGAGGAACUCUGAUGGAUCGUGGAAGAUGCCUCCCCCUACGUAUGCCCCUAUAUGCACUGCAGAGUGCCAGAUGAACCUAGAUGGUUUCAUCAACAUGGACCCUGCCAUCGGCUGGGGUGUGGUCUUCAGCCUUAACCACUUCCUGCAGAGAUACAUUGGAAGCACCUCAUCAGCCUCAUCCUCUUCUUCAUCAGCAGCAAGAUCGUCGUAGUUGUGGUUUUGAGGGUUUUUUUCGAGUGUGGGCUCCAGAUGUUUGAAGUGGAAUGAAGAGUCCUCCUGCCAGCUGCUGUCCCACAUGACCAUGUGAAACGAAAUUGGUUCUUGUAACUGUUCACCGUUGUCCCACCCCCUUAUAAAAUGCAAGAUAUUUUAAUAGUUGUUCAGCCAAAAACCAUCGAUGUACAUAUGAACAUAUUGAUCAUUUGAUGACUUAUUGGUGAACUUGUUGAUCAGAAGAGUGCUUUCACCCCGAUCAAUAAAACUCUCCAUAAUGUC